AUGAAUUGAAAACAAAACCAGAAAAUAAAGAAACAAGAGAAGUAGCUUUCAUGGUGUAGGCCACCGCUGCUGGUUUUUGGCAAGUCCAAAACCUCUGCUCUGCUUUCUUCUUUGGUCUCGCUGUUUUCAUUCCGUGCGGUUAUUUCCUUGGAGAAGAUGUUGCGUCCUUGCUCAAGUGAACAGUUCGAGUUUGAAGAUGCUCCACAGUCGCCGGAGUCCGUAGCAACCAGAGAUUUAUCUGCCAGUGGACUUUCAUCUCGGAUCGGAGACUGGGAAUCGAAGCUUGAGGAUGUUCGAGUGGAUGAAGUUGAAUCCACUCUCAAAGAAUAUCUCUCCUUAAACUAUGAGGAAGCAAGGGCGCUGUUGGGGAGGCUAGAGUAUCGAGGAUGGAAUUUCGAUGCUGCGCUUCAGGUUUUUCAGGGUAUUGAGAUCAAAAGUUUGAAACCAAGGAUGACUAUGGCUAUUGUUGAGAGAACUCGGCAAUGAAAACCACGGUCCAAAGGUGUCAUUAUCCCUCCUUGUGUGAUGUCAAUGCAUUCAGUGAACUUACUUUUGGAAGCCAUUUUAUUGAAAGCAAAAUCGUUAGAGGAUUGGGCAUAUUAGAGGUAUUUCCAAUUUAUCACUACUAGGAACUUACAUAAUUGGUUUGCUUCACAAUAGACAAGAAAUGGUUGUGUGGGGUUGCUUAGUUCUUAGAAAGUACUGAUCU